AUGGCCAGCGAGGACGUCAUUAUCUUCCUCGACGCUCUCGAGAACACCGUCAACUCGAUCCGCGGUGACGGGUCGAGGAAGAAGACGCUCUUCACCACCGGCUGCGUGUGCCCGGACGGUCUCGGACUCGACCUCAGCGCGUACAAGGAUUCGAAGAACCCCGAUGACAUUGUUGCGUGGUGGGGCAACAUGGGGGCUAUGAAGCCGUGCCCGGGGCAGAAAGACGGUGCAGACUGGCACGAUGCUGACGGCUUCCUUGUGCGUGCCCCGCUCUUUGGCGGUGAUGCGGCGGUGAAGCGGGUGGAGAUGACGGCGCCACAGAGCCUCAUCCGUGGCACGGCGGCGUUCCAGGCCCCAGGCCACCUUCCACUCAUCACCACCAUGAAGCAGGUGGCGCUCUCCAGAAACGGACGCGCCGUCUUCUUCUGCGACCGGGAAGGGCACGGUGUGAAGAAGUAUAACGUGGACACGAAGGAGGUAGUGCCGCUCUUGUCCUCGGACGUGCUGGCGGGCCUCGCCGACGGGCUCACGGAGGAGGAAGCUCAUGCUUCCCUUGUGGAGCCCAACAGCGACGAGGACAAGUGCCGCUUUUGUGUCGGUGUUACGCUGGACGAGAGGCACAAUCAGAUCUUCUUCACCCUGAAGGGACCGUCCAAAGGUGGCAAGGGCCGCAUUCUUGCGGCCCCGUACCACUUCCAACGCCGUCACCUAUCGUCCAUCACAGCCGCUAACACGUCCGCCUCUGAAGGCGUGAUCGACCCGAAGACGGUUGUAACCCUGCUUGACCACCUGCCGGAGCCUAUCGACCUGCUUCUGGACUCGGAGGAAAACUAUCUGUACUGGACCGACCGCGGUGAUGACGCGGCGGGCGGCAACUCGCUGAACCGUGCUCCGGUCACCUACGACCCCUGUUCCGGGCAACCACAGCUUGGGGAGAGGGAGCUGCUGAUCGGCGGCUUCAACGAGGCGAUCGGACUGGCGUGGGCGGCAAACCUUGUGGACUACAUACAGUUGUCCGACAACAAGGAAACCCUGCGCCAGUUCAUGUACAUCACGGACAUGAGACAUCUCUGGCGCUGCGAUUUGAAGGCGAGAACGAAGGAGGUGGUCUACAAGUGUGGCCCCCGCAACGUGGUUACCGGCGUUGGGGUGCUGCGUUUUUUUUAG